UGCGCUCAGAUGCUCGCUCAGAGGAUGUUAAGUUUUGAAUUUUGAAUUUUGAAUGCAUGUGAACCGCACUGAACUUGCAAAACGCUGAUCUAGCAAGAAGCAAGCGCCGUCGGUGGCUGUCAUGGAAACAGGAUAAAACGUGAACAGUCUUGUUUUCUGCUUCUCCUUUUGGCGCAAGAAUUUCCAGCCAAGCGCCACCGACUGCUGGAUUUGGUGCGGUCGGUCCUCCAUUGGCGCAUUCUAAUUGCUGAUUGGCAAAGAAGCGAGGAGGCCGAGGAGCUGUUUCGUCGAGUUGUCGCAUUAGUUUAUUGCGUGGCUUGAAUAUCGGGACGAUUCUCUGAUUCCAAUCGAAAAACCGACUGCCGGACGGCGGACAGUCCGGACACUGCAGUUUACCUCACCAUUGGGAAAUUUCGGACACGACCACAAAACUCGGCUUGAAAAGGAAUAGUUAAAGGUGUGAAAAUGGAGAAGCCAUCAAAGCAGAACGAAUGCGAUGAAUACCAGAAUAUUAAAUCGCUAUUGAAAAGCAUUGUCGUAGGAUCUAAAGUGGUGUUGACUGUUGGUGCACUUGCCGGGGAGUAUGCAAAUAACACUGGGAAAACUCUUGAUUACUCUAAAUUUGGAUACCAAACGAUGACAUCCUUUUUCAACGGAAUGAGCGACACUUUCAUUAUUGACAAGAUCAAAAUGGGGUUAUCCGAAAGACUUGUUGUCUCAUUGAAAGACAGAUCAAAUGUUGCUCAUAUUGAUGAAAUGGUGCUGAAGCAGAGAUCCACUAAGAUCUCAACUCCCUUUGUGAGAACUUUCAAAAAUGCUCACAAACUAGCAGGCAACAAAAGCUCUGUACCUUUCUCCAGAUAUGGUCGUGCAGAUUCCUCAAGGGUGGAUCACAGAGCCAUGACCCCUCGCAGCCCAAGUCCGAGGAGAAAGCGCUCACCAAGCCUCCCCAGACAGUACAGCAGGUAUAGCAGAAGCCCAGGAAGAAGAGAACGCAGAAGGUCGCGAUCUAAAUCUGUUGAACGCAGACCCAUCAACAGAAGCUUUGAGUCUUCUUCGAAGACAGUUUCCCCCUCGCAUCGCAGUCCCCCAGCCUGGACGAAACAAAAAAGCAGCAGACGUGACUCGUCAUCUACUUCCAGCUCUAGCUCAUCUACAUACUCGUCAUCAUCUUCUACUUCCUCUGGAGAAAUAGUUGAGGCUAAAAAGGCUAAAGAUAAAAGACUCGCUGCUCAUGCUGCUAAAAGUCCAAAUGACCAGACGGUUCGUUCAGCACCUGAAAGAGAUGAAACAUGGGUCGAGGCAAGCAUAUCCAGCCAAGCUUUGCCUCUCCAGGACAAAGAGAAAGUACAGAAGGAAUGUGUCCAACCCAGCAUCACAGUUUCGUCCCCAGAGAAGCAGACAAAUCAAAAUUGUGAGGAGGGCAGAGGCCAAAAAAGAAUUUUAGAUGUUGAUCAAGAGGCCCCGAAAAGUGGCUUAGAGAUUUCUGCAACUCAAUCAAAAAAGCCUGUAAAAUCUUGUAACAAACUUGACCACCAUCAUAUUAUGGAUAAUAAAUUGGUUGCUGAUGCCUCGGACAACAUGUCGGAAAUAUCUAUCACCACAUUUGCUAGCAAUCGACCUCUGCGUAUUCUUGGAGAAAAUAUCCGCAGCUGCCACAUUCCAAAUUAUAUUAAAAGGAACUUAAUUAGGCUGCUUCAGAAAUUCCCAGAAGGUGUUCAAGCAUCUCAGCUUCCAGAACUUUACAAAACCUGCUAUGACCAAGACUUGAAUAUUCAAAGCUAUGGAUUCCGAAACGCAGAGGAACUGGUACAAAAGUCCCCUGAUAUUUUCAAGGCAGCUGGUUCAAACUCUGGCGGUGCAAUGGUUGUUGAAGCUGCAGCUGAUCUUCCAACUAAAAGUCCUAACACAGUUGGAGCUAACAACAUGGUGGACAGUUCUCUGCUUUUGGUCCAAAGGAAGUAUCUUCCCUCAGGAUUUAAACUUCCAGUGGCCCAGAUGAAAUUCUCAAAGACUCGACCAGAAUUUGCUGUCACUGUUAGUGAAAUUUUCUCACCAUCGCAAUUCUUCGUUCAAUACCAAAUGAGAGCUGCUGAUUUGGAGAUCAUUAUGCAGGAAUUAGAUAAAAAUUACAACUCUAACAAUGAUGACUUGAAGCUUGAAGGUGCUGUUAGGGGUUUGUACGUGGCUACCAAGUUUGGUGAAAAGUGGCACAGGGCUCAAAUCGAGAAUAUUGCUUCAUCUUUAAAAAUCAAGGUUUACUACAUUGAUUAUGGCACUACCCAAGACAAGGAAAUUGAGGAAUUGCGACAUUUGAUUGACAAUCCAAUUCUACGAUCUGAACCGUUGGCUUCAAAAUCAAAGCUAUUCAAUGUAAAACCAGCCAACGGAGCCUCAGCUUGGACCCAAGAAGCCACCAAAAGAUUUUCUGAGCUAGUUGGAACCAAAAGCUUGGUUGCGAAGUAUAAGAAUGGUGGAACAGCUGCCUGCCCUGAACUUCAUUUGAGCCUGGUGCAUAUCCAGCCCGAAACAUCAAAGGUGCUCAUGGAUGUUGGAAUGAUGAUGUGUGAAGAGGGCUUUGCUGAUUACAUCAACCCUGCAUAUGGCACCAUGUUUGAACCUGUUAAAGCUGUUCAAGCUGUCCAACCUUACAGCCAAGCUGCUGACAGAUUUGCCAAUAUUGAAUUUGGUGCUGCGGCAGCUGGCCCUCAGCAAAUGCAUUUGUCACCUGCCUUACCUAGCAAUUCCCUGACUACUCUACAUCCAGAAUUCCAUGCAGCUCUGCUAGUGUUGAAUGAUGUUGCAAGGAAGAUGGCUUUGCAGUUUGGAGUUGUGGCUGUUCGACAAGCUAUGCAACAUCUGGUAAAUCAACCUCUUCUUGACACAAAUCCUGCUGCUGUUAAUCAAAUGAGUAGUGCCCUUCUGGGCAACUUUUUCCCAAUGCAGCCAACAGGCAUGUAUGGAGGUGCUGGUUUGAUGCCAGCAGGUGCCCCUAUCCAGCCUCACGUGCAGCUUACACCUCAAGGGAUGCUGAAUCCUGCACACCAAUUUCUACCCCAGCAACCAACGUUGGCUAUCACUCAAGGUAGAACACAGCAGAAUGGUCGAUUCACAAUUGACAGGAAGCCGACGAUUAUUGAUUUGGUGAAGUUUGAAGGACCCAAAUAAUUAAGUAGUGAAUUAUUACGAUUUGAUUGGACAAAAACCUGUUCAUUUAAAACCAAUUUCGAUGUUGUGCUCAUUAGUUAAUUUUUUUUAGUUAAUCAUAAUAAAUAAUACACUUUUUUAAACUGGAAAGAAGCACAUGUUCAAAAUGAACAGAAUAAUUGUGCAACUUUCAAAGCUUAAAAAUCUAAGCUAUUAAUAUCACAAAUUCAGCGAUUAUAUAAUCACGCUGCUUAUGUGUAGGUAUGUGUACAUACUAUAUGCUUCUAUUUGAAAUAAAAACUUUCUGACCUA